ACCACAUUGGUCAAGCUGGUCUCGAACUCCUGACCUCGUGAUCUGCCCACCUCGGCCUCCCAAAGUGCUGGGAUUACAGGUGUGAGCCACCGUGCCCAGCCCACCUGGAGCUUUUUUGUUGUUGUACAAUAGAAACGGGGUCUCUAUAUGUUCCCCAGGCUGGUCCAAACUCCUGGGCUCAAGUGAUCCUCCCCACCUAGACCUCCCAAAGUGUGGGAUUUCAGGCAUGAGCCGUUGUGGCUGGUCAGAACCUGGGGCCCUUUUUGAACUUUGAUUCCUCAGCAAUUUUGUCAGCCCUGGCUGGGGCUGCGAAGCCCCCAUGAAGCCCAGAGAGGGAAAGGGACCUGACCAGGGUCACACGGGAAUCAUGCCUCAAGCCUCCCUAACCACAGACUUGUCUCCACCCAGGGCAUUUCAUCCCCUGCAGGGCAGUGGCCUGCCCCUCCUCCUUGCAGCCAGGAAGGGAUGCAAUGCCACAGGGAUCUGGCUGUGUCCCAGGCCCUAUGGGGCUGGCAGUUAAAGGCACCUCCCGCUAGCAACAGUCUCCCUAGGCACGGCACAGCUAACAGAAGGCCCGGCAGGCAGGACUCUGGGACAGACGCAGGCCAGCUGCUCAGAGAGCCCAGACCCAGCAUGGACGCUGUGGACGCCACCAUGGAGAAACUCCGGGCGCAGUGCCUGUCCCGCGGGGCCUCAGGCAUCCAGGGCCUGGCCAGGUUUUUCCGCCAACUAGACCGGGACGGGAGCAGAUCCCUGGACGCUGAUGAGUUCCGGCGGGGUCUGGCCAAACUCGGGCUGGUGCUGGACCAGGCGGAGGCAGAGGGUGUGUGCAGAAGGUGGGACCGCGACGGCAGCGGGACGCUGGAUCUGGAGGAGUUCCUUCGGGCGCUGCGGCCCCCCAUGUCCCAGGCCCGGGAGGCAGUCAUCGCAGCUGCAUUUGCCAAGCUGGACCGCAGUGGGGACGGCGUAGUGACGGUGGAUGACCUCCGCGGGGUGUACAGUGGCCGUGCCCACCCCAAGGUGCGCAGUGGGGAGUGGACGGAGGACGAGGUGCUGCGCCGCUUCCUGGACAACUUCGACUCCUCUGAGAAGGACGGGCAGGUCACGCUGGCGGAAUUCCAGGACUACUACAGCGGCGUGAGUGCCUCCAUGAACACAGAUGAGGAGUUCGUGGCCAUGAUGACCAGUGCCUGGCAGCUGUGAGCAGCUCCAGGCUUAGCCCUGCUGCCCUGGCCUGUCACUCCCCACCCCCGCUGGAGACCUCCCUUCCCUGGGCCUCUUCUCUCCCGGGCAGCCACACCACAGAGCGGGGAGGGGCAGGUGGGGGAAUGGAGGCUGCAGGACCGGCUAGACCAGGUCCCUGCUGGGCCACCAGGGGGAGGUGGGACAAAGGUCCUAACACAAUUCACUGGCUCAGGACCCCAGGGAGAAAAACUGUCCCCACCCACACCAUGCUGACCUGAGGCCUUGCAGCCCCUGCGGAUGCCCCCGCCAAGGUCCCCUGAUCCCCCCACCCAGCCUGCUGCUCCCCCACCCCCUCCCUUGCACGUCCCCCAGGAAGCCAGGUGACCCCGGAUGGGAGGCCGUGUGUGGAGGCUAUCCUGGAAGGCAGUCUGGACCUGCCCAUGUGUGGAGCGACAGGCAAGGGGGCAUCCUAACCUCAGAAACCAAAAAAAAAAAAAGCCUUUGAGAAAAACAUCUGUAAAACAUCAACCCCCAAUCAGAAGAUGGCAGUGGGGAAUAAAAUAGCAGUUCACAUGUCCAGCGAGCCCCGUGUCUACACUCCCAUGAGCAGCCCGAGGCUGGGAGCCCUGGGCGGGGGCAGAAGACCUGCAGGGCCCUGCAGCGGGGGUUGGGGUUAAAGUGUGGGUGGCGGUGGAGAGACCAGGGCUGUGGCUGGAUUCCAGUGCUGGUGACACGUGGGGUGGGAGCAUGAGGCCCCAGGCUGCCGGAGGUCCUGGCCCGGGGAGGUGGAGGACAUUCCUGAUCAGGGGCUUCCUGAGGCCCCUGGUGCAUGCAGAGGCUGGGGUUUUAGUUAAAAGUUUAAUGUAGUUCCCAAAUACAUUUCAUAUGACAAUCUUACAUAAAUGUUCCAAAACA